CGCCACCUGCACAACCGAGCACUAGCCUGAAUGGUGACCACAGACCAUUACGCCCACCGCAGAGUUCAAACACCCACCACCACCAUCCUUACUACCCAAUGUCGUCGUCUUCCAAGUCAGCCUCCUUGAAAGGCUGCUGCUGUUGUCUCUUCCUUCUCUUCUCCUUCCUUGCUCUCCUUGUUCUCACUAUCUUUCUUAUCAUUAUUCUCACCGUCAAGCCUAAGAAACCUGAGUUCGAUCUCCAACAAGUCGGGGUCCAGUACAUGGGCAUCCCCGCUUCUAAUCUCAAUUCACUUGACCCGACCAUCGGCACAACCACCAUGACCAUUGGCGCCACCACCGCUUCACUCUCUUUAACUAUCCACAUGCUAUUCACUGCCGUUAAUCCCAACAAGGUAGGGAUCAAGUACAGCGAGUCUAAACUCACUGUCAUGUAUCAUGGGAUUCCUUUGGGGAAGGCUUCGGUUCCUGGGUUUUAUCAGGAGGCUCAUAGCGAGCUGCAGGUGGAAGCCACCAUCUCCGUUGAUCGCUAUAGCUUGAUCCAGGCCAAUGCUGUUGAUUUAAUCAGGGAUGCUUUGCUGAAUGAUAGAGUGGAGCUUCGGAUUCUGGGUGAAGUUGGUGCUAAGAUGCGUGUUGUAGACUUCGACUCACCUGGAGUCCAGGUCAGCCAUUAGCCAUCCUUCUUCUCUUUUCUAUCUUUCAGCAUCAGCUUUUCUUUUUUACUUCUAAGAUUGGCUUUACCUUGCAUUAAAUAUCCAACAUUGCUCAUUUCUAAUUUUGGCUUAUAAUUCCUCUUCCCUAAGUUAAUUUUGGUUCUAGUUUCUGAAAAAUUGGAUAUGGGUUCUUUUC